AUGUCGCGAGAUUCCAGAGUUAGCAAUGGACUGAAAGUAACCGCGACGACAACAGUAACAGCAAAUGACACCAUUACGACCACCACAAACAAGUCCAAUUCCAAUUCCAAUUCCAACAACAGCAACAACAACAACAACAACAAGGACGAAUCCUCCUACAAUCCACGAUGGAGUGGUUACGUUCUGUUAAGUGUCACGAGUCUCAUUAAUUUCUUGUCCAUUGCUACCUUGUCAAAAGACGAUUUGGAACGGUGGGGCGUCGAUCUGGUAUUUGGCAUGAUGACCUUUUGUUUUUCGACCUUGGUGGUCUUGCAGGAUCGUUCCAAAUUGUUGUGUCACGGGGUCUUUCACAAGGCAAGGAAAGGAUUUUUGGAAGGCGUUAUUCUCAUGGCGUGUCUCAUUUGGUGGUCCAUAGGAACGGCCUAUCAAACCAAUGUCAAUGGGAUUGCCUACAAUGCCAACAAUAUUUAUUACAGCGCGUGGGCGUCCUUGCUGGCAAGCGGGUAUCUGCUCAACGAAUGGUCGUCGGCAAAAGAUAUAUUGAGUGUGGCCGAAUUGACGGGACUGUCACUGACCUUACCCAGCUGGUAUACCUGUUGGUUCUUUAGCAUUGUGGUCCUCUUUACCAGUGUCGACAUGCUGGUGUAUCUAGAAGAACAAAAUUUGGACGAUGCAAGUUUUGGAAUUGGUUUGGGAUUCGUGUCGUCGGUCAUUUCCGCGUUUUUUAUAUUGGUGCAUUACAAUUUUAUUACCAGUGUGGAAGAAGGUGGAUGGAUGGAAUUGUCCAGUAGUUUCUUUCUGAUAUUGUUGUGGACCAUUGGGUUGGCGCUCAUUACGCAAGAUCGAGGAAUUGCGGCCACCCUGUCAGGAACGCAGUGCAAAUUUGAAACGGCGAGUACCAAUGCCGUGGUCAUUUUGACGGAUUUGUUGCAGCUGCAACGAGAGGCGGAAGCCAACGACAAUGAAUUAGAAGAUUUGGAGGAGGAUCAAGUGAUGGACGAGAGUUUGAUCACCACGGCUUCCUUCAACUGCACCAUUUCCUACAAUGUCUGGAAUGCCGACACUACUGAAAUGGACAUGGUACUAUUGCCCUGCAGCGAUGUUUUGGCGCCCGCUCGAGCAGCUCCCAAGGGUGUCCCAGGAUCAAAUUUGUAUUUUGCCGCUUGGAUUUGUUUCUUUUCCAGUUUGAGCGUCACCUUUCGGUGGAAGGCGGCACAGGCACUGCAAUUUGCUCAAGCGCAACAGGAACGCCAAGAACGGCAGCAACAGCAAAAGGAACAAUUGCAACGACAAAGGGACUCUGCGGGAUUUUCGGACAGUGAUGAUGGGGAUGAGGACGACGACGAAGAUCAAGAUACCAUCAAUUGUUAA